AUGUCUCAAUUUCAUAUCAAGUUCCCACACCAAAAAAUCAAAGCUUUCAAUGUUAGGGAUCAUGAACCACUCACAACAAGUAGACUCAAGAAAUUAAUUAACGAAAAUUUAAAUAUACCACCAUCAUGCACUACUAUGCAACAACCACACAACUUGUCAGUUUACAAUUCUUCAACCAAUUCUUCCUUCUCACUUUAUGAUGAUGAUAAAUUGGAUUUGGAUGAUGAAAUAAUUCCCAUCAAUAAAGAAGGAAUAACUACACUUGAUAUUAAAGUAAAAUUAUGUGGAGGAGGAAAUACGCCAUCAUCAAACCAGUCAUCAGACAGAGAGGAAAAUCCAUCACAAAAUACUAAAAUCAUUCAAAAGAUUGAUCGACAAGUUUCAUCAGAGGUAAAAUCAAAGAUUGUUUUUGAUCCUGAUACUGUUCCUGAGAGUGAUUGCUAUCAAAUUCCAAUUCAUGAAUUUGUUAGAGAUAAAUGGAUUGUAAAGACAUCAAAAUUGAAAAAUAUUAAUUCAGAUUUGACAUCUUUUAAAGUUCUUACAUUCAAUGUUUGGUUUGAUUUACAAGAUAGAGAAGAUAGAAUGAUUAAAAUUAUUGAUAUUUGUAAAGAUUGUAACGCUGAUAUAGUUUGUUUACAAGAAAUGACAAAAGGAACUUUGGAAAUUAUGACUAAUCUUUCAUAUGUAAGAGAGAAUUUCUACAUUUCAGAUAGUGUUGAAUUUGGAAAUAGAACAGUAAUGCCAUAUGAGUAUGCCAAUGACAAGAAUGUUUAUGAACAAACUUCCAACAAACAUGUCUCGGUGGGCAAUGAGUGUAGAAUUGAAUGUGAAUGGAGAGUUGGUGUGUUUUACAACUGUACAUUUGGAAUCUUUGAAUAA